CUGUAGUAUCGUGUAAACGUUCAAGAGAGCUUUAGGUGUCCACUAAUCGGCGAAGAAACGAACUCACUGCAGUUAUCCUCGUUUUGAAAGCGCUUGUGCAGCGUGUUCUUUGCCGGCCUUCGACUUCCUCUUCCCGUGGCACGACACAAUGGCGUCCGGAACCCUCUACACGUACCCGGAGAAUUUCAGGGCUUACAAGGCCUUGAUCGCGGCCCAAUACUCCGGAGCCCAAGUUAAGGUUGCCGAGGACUUCGUUUUUGGCGAGACCAACAAGAGCGAUGCGUUCCUCAAAAAAUUCCCUCUUGGAAAGGUGCCAGCUUUUGAAACAUCUGAUGGCAAAUAUCUCACAGAGAGUAAUGCCAUUGCUUAUUAUGUUGCAAACGAACAGUUGAGGGGUAAGACAGAUCUUGAGAAAGCUGAAGUCAUCCAAUGGUUUGGCUUUGCUGACUCUGAAAUUCUUCCUGCAAGCAGUGCUUGGGUAUUCCCUCUGCUUGGAAUUAUGCCAUAUAAUAAGCAGACAAUCGAACAUGCUAAGGAGGAUGUUAAAAAAGUACUGACUGUUCUUAAUUCCCACCUACUUACACGUACCUUCUUGGUGGGAGAGCGGCUAACCCUCGCAGAUAUAAGUGUUGCAACGACUUUAUUCCACUUGUAUCAGUACAUUUUGGAACCCAGUCUACGCAAACCAUACCAGAAUGUGACAAGAUGGUUCCAGACUGUCAUUAAUCAACCACAAUCUAUUGCUGUCAUUGGUGCUUUCAAACUGGCUGAUAAGAUUCUUGAGUAUGAUCCCAAGAAGUAUGCGGAACCUCAAGGAAAGUCCUCGAAGAAAGAAAAAAAGGAGAAGGAGUCAAAGAAGGAACCAAAAGAACCAAAGGAAUCAAAGGCCAAGGAACAAGCUGAAGAAUUAGAUGCUGCAGAUGCUCUUUUAGCUGCUGAGCCUAAAUCCUCUAAUCCGUUUGACUCUAUGCCCAAGGGAAGCUUCGAUCUCGAGGACUUUAAACGGUUUUACUCCAACGAAGAUGAAGCCAAGUCUAUCCCCUACUUCUGGGAGAAGUUUGAUCCAGCUCACUACAGUAUUUGGCUCGGAGAGUACAAAUACAAUGAUGAACUAACAAAGGUAUUCAUGUCCUGCAAUUUAAUCAGUGGAAUGUUCCAACGUUUGGAUAAAAUGCGAAAGGGUGCUUUUGCCAGUAGCUGCCUCUUUGGAACAGACAAUGACAGCACUAUCAGCGGAAUCUGGGUAUGGCGUGGACAGGAUCUCGUCUUCACAUUGAGUCCUGACUGGCAAGUUGACUAUGAGUCCUACAACUGGACGAAGCUGAAUCCUUCAGAGGAUAAGACUAAGGAACUCGUCAAACAAUAUUUUAGUUGGACCGGUACUGACAAAGAGGGACGUAAAUUUAAUCAGGGAAAAAUUUUCAAGUAAAAUCCGUCUUACGCUUACAAGAAACAAAUUGCAAUUCACACGAAAUAAAACUUAAAAAGUAAUUUCAGACUAAAAUUUCGUACACUAAACCCGGAAAAAUCCUGUAUCCGUGUAAGCGGUUCGUGAUCAUCUUUCACGAUGAUGAUUGAUGUUCCUCAAGUAAUCUGCAGUAUUCCUCAGCUACACUUAUUCUUUUAUUAAUUUCUUUUCACGCAUAUUCUAUGAAAUAAUAUCAUCUGAGAAAUAUUCUAUGUGAUAAUAACCGGCCGCUGAAGUAAUUCUAGCCCUAACUAUCUAUUACGUCUCUACUCGAUAGCUCGGGUAAGAACCGGGUUUCUUAGACCUUCUUACAGAGAUCGAUUGGUCUAAAAAUGAUUGUUCAGUGUUGCAUAUAAGAAUCGUUGAUACAAUUUAAUCUAUAAACAGUCUUGUAAACGAA